AUGGGCUCUGUCGGCCACACGGCGCAGCAGAGCCGCAAGGCGGCCUUCCACGGGCCGUACAUGAACCUCCUGGACACUCUGUGCCACCACAAGGACUUCCUGCAGAUCCAGCAGCGCGACGAGCCAGACUCCAAGAGAGAGUACGACAGGGAGUUGGUGCUGCGCUUCUUGGCCAUGAAGCGCAGCUACAACGUCUUCAAGACUCCACUCGCAAGCUUCCUGAUUGAGGAGCUGGUGCAGCACCAUCAAGCAGACACUGCAGAGCUGAAGCGGCUGGAAGCCAUGUUCAAAAACACCACUUCCGUGGUCUGGCAGAUCUGGGGGCCUGAGGCCUGCAGGAAGCCCGCCGCCUGCGGGGGCAGAUCGGCCUUCAGUGAGCCGCUGUGGGACGCCACUAUGGUGGGGGUGUGUGAGGAGCUGGAGCAGGCAGGCAACAACAGGCGGAGGGGGGAACUGGUCGGCAAGGCUGCAGACAUCCGUGAGGCGUACAAAAAGCUGUGUGCAGACAAGACCUUCGAGGACAACCUCAAGACAAACAGCAGGCGCAACAUACAGCGGCGCAUCGCGAUGCUGCGGGGGAUGCUGGUGGAAGCUGCGCCACCGACGAGGCUGGACGCAAGGCGGGCCUUUCCCAACGACAUCAAGCGGCAGCUGUGGGCGGAACCCGCCGCCAGGGGGCGGCAGCUAGUGUGCGGGCUGUGCAACCAGAUUAUUCACCAAGUGGGGGAUGCUGAGGUGGACCACGUGACACCCUGGUCGCACGGCGGCGCCACAACCGCAUCCAACGCGCAGCUGGUGCACAGGUGA